GGCGACCAGUCGAGUCCGUUUAGUCGACGAUAGCGGGCGAUCGUCGCGCCGCCAGUGUCUCGCGGUUCAUCGAUCAGUGUGGUGUGUGUCGCGUUGUUGUUCCGGGAGAUUUUUUAGUGGUUUGUUCCUACGUUCCUCCGUCGUUACGCGGAUUUCUCGUCGUUCAUCUCGGAAUUCGUGCGCGUGCAUACGGAGCGGGCACCGCGAGCGGGGCCCAUCGAGAUUACGGGAGAAAGAUGCGACUAAGGAUACACUGGAUUCUGGUUAGCACGGCCGUGGUGAUCCUCGCGGGAUGCAACGCCGCUACCGAGAAGGAACCAAGCGACAAGCAGAGGACAUCGGCGAGCUCGACUUACAACACCUUCCCGGAUGACUUGUACCUGGACGAUCAGGACGCGUUAGAGGGCUCCGGCCGAGGUGGUCCUGAUAAUCGCGACGACCUUGAAGCUUCGGGCAGCGGCCUUGGCCCCGAUGACGAGGACGGGGACGACGAUGAAUUUACCGGUAACAAUGGACUAGAAAUCUCGAAACCGACCGAAGCGAGACCGUCAUACAUCGAGGACUCGCACGAAAAAACUAAACAACAGACUAUUGACGACGUAAACCGACCCGGCAACGGGGUCGGCGUAAUCGAACCCUCAGGCACGGAAGACGAUCGCCCUGACAACACAGACCCAGAUAUUCACGAAGUUUAUAUCAUGAAUCCGAAGUCUGAGGAUCGCGCCAGUUCAUUCUUCGCGCAGCCAGGCGUACUAGCCGCUGUGAUCGGCGGCGCCGUAGUAGGCCUCCUCUGCGCGAUACUGGUCGUCAUGUUCAUCGUGUAUCGGAUGCGCAAGAAGGACGAGGGCUCGUACGCUCUGGACGAGCCGAGAAGAUCACCCGCGGCGCAGGCUUUCCCUAAGCCGGGCGCGCCUCAUCACAAUCGGGAGUUCUACGCUUGAGGCAACGGCGGCGUGAUGACGAUUUCGCCGAUUCCUCUCGCAAUCUCACGAUGCCAAGCCGAGUAAAGAUCACCGAUGAUCAACGCUCGCUUUUGAAAUUCCGCUGGUCAAUGGUGAAACAAUUACCUCGGCGACCCGUACGGCACGCGCUCAUAAAAACUCAUUCAACGCGAAGUUCCCAACCGAGAAACGUCGCGCCGAACGUCGGCCAAUAUUUCUCGAUAUUGCACGGAUUUCUCUGACCCGCGUCGUUAUUUGCUUGUUCUCGUGUUUUCUUCUCAACUAUUAUGAUACGUCCCCCGCCUACCUCGGCUCCUUUGGGUUCUGUCCUCGAGAGGUAAUUUUUCACCAUUCCACCGAGCUUCCCCCAUCAUCAUUUCGACUCGAAUUCUGAGUCGCGGCGAUGACGUUCACGCGUGCGUACGCUUCUCGGUCGCUUGAACUCCUCUUGACUCUCGGAAACUGUAUUUUCUUACGCGCUGUAUUUCAUCGCGUCAAAAAAAAAGAAAAAAAAAAGAAAAAAAAGAAAAGGAAAAAAAAGCCGCACGCGAGUAAGAGAGUCUGAAGCGAGAUGAAUUCGCGGCUGACGGACCAUUCGCCGAACGCCGAAUUCUUUCAGCUGUGGAUGCUCCGAUUCGCCUUUCGCAAAUAGUCUGUACAGACUUUCCUUUCCGUCGUUCCGAUUUUUCACCGCAUUUGCUACCCUCCGAAGGUUCACUUCGAAGUGUAAUCAUCCCCGCAGAGUGACUGAAACGAUGGACAGUAAACGGCGAGGCCACGUAUCUCGUGCGUAUCCCGUCGAGACAUCGUCGGCAAAGGUUGCACCAAUUCCAAGAUGCAUUUACAAGCGUAUUUAGAGCGUAUAUAUAUUAUAUAUAUAUUUACGUGUAUGUAUACGUAUAUAUAUAUACAUGUACAGGGACUGAGAGCGUGAAAAUUCGUGGGCGAUAAACGCCGCUGCUAUGUCGUUAAUCAUUCUGUCCUACGGUGGAAGGAGGGUAGAGAAGAAGGAUCGUUGCAGCACCGUGAUUUCUCUCCGACAGCAAGAGCGGUGAGGAGUUAAGCUGCAACCUCAUUCGCGUCGCUGCUAUCACUUCUUUUCUUUUUCAAAUUUACGAUAUCCACUUCUUUGAUACAAGCGUUUGAUAUCCGGUCCGUGGAAGAUUUAGGUUUUUUAGCGCGCGUUCGCAGGUUUUAAUAAAACGAGGGGAAGCGACUGCAGCUACUGUUCACCAUAUCGAUCGAUUGCAGAGGGAAUGAAAAAGAACACCUAUAUUAAGAAUAUGUGUUAAGCAUUAAUCACGUAGCGCUACCGCAUCGACCAAUAUUCAAUUCCGAGGAAAUAAAAAAAAAAAUGCUUAGCUCUUGAUACAUUUCUAAGAGUUAUAUUAGUUACACAAGAUUAGUCGCUUAGCGAUGGAGAAUUUAUUCGAUCGAUCUGAUCACUGAUAUUGUAUAUAUCGUUGUGAAACAACACAAUUAUUUCUACAAUGAUUACGUGCAAUUUUAUACGUACUUUUCUUGUGCAAUUUUUUUCAAUGUUGUUCCGCUACAUUUUUAAUCGGAAGGAAAAAUUUACGAUUUUAAUAUUUAAGAUACUCAAUCAUCUUUUAUAUUUUUUUACUUUAUUCAUUUUUUACUCAUUUAUAAGCUAGAUUAUUGCGUGUUUCUUGCAAAGUUUUUCCAAUUGAAUUUUUUUGUUCCAAUAAUUUAUCGGUUAUUUGUAAAUUCUAUUUCGAAAAUUGUGACGUGUAAAUACCGAGACAAUCUCAAUAAUUGUGAAUAUGUUUCAUGCAUUCGUCGGGCAUUUAAUCAUUUUUAUCAAACUCCUUAUACAUGAAUCGCUAUACAUUUUUAGCAAAUAAAAUAAUAUCUUGAUUAAGCGUGUCAUAUUUUUCAAACGCGAACAAGCAAUCAUACGUAUGCAUCGUCGAUAUCGCAAUAAAUUUUCUUCCAGAUCGAAACAAAACAAAAAAAAUGCAGGUGAAACGUCCGUCAAUAGAGAUUGAAUAUUUUGCAUUUCCUUCGAUGCAUUUCUUUCAUUGAAGAUAACUCGUAGGAUCCAGCAAAUCAUGUUUGCAUGGCAAUGGGGUGCGUCACACCCUCCUUCCACCCACAAAAUAAUAACACAUCCAUUUCUACUACGAGAGACGAUUCCGAUGCUAAAAUAAAAUUCUUGAUCCUGGUUUUGUCUUGUCAAGAACUAACACCGACGAGAAAUUAUAUUGCCAUAAAAACGGACGCUGCGAUUGAGGCACAAUUACGCAUGACACGAAAAAAAUGUGGUUCCUCCUGCCCCGAAAGCGGCAUGAUAGAGCGCGCACGCCUUAGUACGACUAAAAAGAUGCCAUAAUGUCAUUAUUAGAAAACGAAAGGGAACACGCGAAAAGCGGUACAAACGCGUAUCCGAAUUUUUUCAGCGACACUUCGUCGCACGAUUGAUCUGUGUAUCGCGGAUAGUUGUAUUGUUUGUUGUACGUUUUUUUUGCGACAUUUCUUCACCCCCGCCCCCUUCGCCCCCCCCCUUUGUUUUCCCGUCGUACGUUUAUCUUCCAUGAUUUUUGACAGUUCUUGAAUCUCUUUGCUCGCGAUUCCAUUCCUCCGUAACAAUACAAGUGUCGUCUUUUCGCAGAAAAUCCGAUCCGCCGUAGAAAAUCGGACGCGUUGGAGUAAUUAAAAGUAUAUCAUGCCGAUACUGCCAUAUACUACGUAAGGAACAGCGAUUUGGUACGAAACUCUCACGAAUCCGCCUUAUAUAAAUCACAUUAUUUGUCACUUCACAUCAUCUCUCAUCCCGUCAUCUUUCAGGUUUUUCGAUCUUUCCCGUUUUUAUUUAAUUUUUUUUUCCUUUCCAGCUGAUUCGUGCUUUUUACGUCUAAAUGCGCUGACUAUGAAUACUAUUAUAAAAAAAAAUGUAUAGAAUCUACUAAACGCCUUAUUUAUUUUAUUACCGUGAAUAAUGUUAUUCCCUAUCAUCUACAGCAAAUUUGUUGUUUCUUGAUUAUUUUAUUUUUGUUGAAAAUGCGUCAUGGUAUCGUUUCGACAAAAGGAUGAUUUUCGCUUCAGCAUACCAUGACAUAAUUUUAUUUAUUUUUAUUCUUAUCGAUUAAAAAUUCUAGUUACUCGUACGUAAGGAAAAGUUUAAAAUUUGUUUUGCUCUCGUCAAAGAAAUAAAUUCUGCAAAAUUCCAUUGUUUCUCCUUGUGUGCUCACGAAAUCUUUUUUCGAUAUAUCUAAAUUUCGAGUGGUACAUAGGAAUCAACUAAUAAGGAUAUUAAUGAUAAGAACAAUAGUAACGAUAGUUAGAUCUAACAUCGGUUACAAACAAGAAAAUAUACUUAUUCUUUUAGAAUACUCUUCAUAAUUUAUUUGAUAAUCUUGGAUUUAUAUUAUUCUCGUUUAAAUCUUCGUAUUCAAUGAGGAUCGAUUAAAUCUCUCCCUCUCUCUUUCUCUCUAAUAUUUCACACGAUCCUUUAAUCGUUUUCUAAAUUUAAGAAAGAAGAAAAAAACGUUUUAUAACACGCUUUUCUCUGCAAUAUUCCUCUUGCUCUCUCUUCUUAUCUCUAUUGUUUAUCUUUCUUGAUAAUCUUCAUCUCGUUUGUCCUGUGCGAAGUAAACAAGAAAAGACCUAGAAAUUGGGGCUCGUAAUCUUUAUUGUAAUAAUAAUCGUAUAUGAUAUAGAUGAAAUUGUUUGUUAGGUAGUAAUUGACCGCAUGGUGUUGCUCGCCUCAGCUUGCGCCUCACCAUACGGCCAAUUAGAAUUCGAGAAACAUUAAGCGAAGGGAAAAAAAUAAUAAUAAUUGUAAUGAAAUCAUAUUUUAUAAGAAGACGUAUUCCGUAAGAUCACUAUAGCAAUGAGAAGUCUAAUGCUAGACAAAGCCCAUAGGCCAGGUGGACGAAUGAAAAUAAUUUUAAAAGUGAAUAUAAUUAAUAUUUAAUAAUAACGAUAAUAUUAACAAUGUUAUUUUUUAAGUGUAAGUAUUGUCAUCCCGAAAACACCAUCACUCAUCCCAAAACCACCUCCUCAUCCUUUUCCCACAUUGUUCCCUCUAACCGAUCUGUAUUACAUAUAUGUGUAUAUAUCUCCGUCUAUGCACGAACCCACAAAAAAUACGUAUAUAUACAUGUAUAUGUACUUAUAUAUAAAUAUAUAGAUAUAUACUCGCUCGCAAUUGCGGUAAAACGUUUGUUUCGAUUUUUCGCUAAAUUGUUCUCUUCCCUCGCCCUCCCUUUUUUUUUUAAAUUUUCUCCGCCACUCGUUUCCUGAGAUUUCUAAGAUGCCCUGUUAUCGCACGAUAACAAAUCGACGAAGACACGAACAGCUUUCACCAAAUGCUAAAAAUUGAAUAUCCGUGUUAUUGCUGUUGCGGGCAUUAAUUAAUUAUGUUAUUACUGGAUUAACGGAAAUUAAUAAUAAUUGCACAUUAUUAGUAUAAUAACAAACAAUAAUGUAUGUCGUCGCUCCUAUUCUGUAAAUAAAUACUGUAUCAUCUAA